CACUCUCAUCACCGUCGAUUUCAUUGACCACAUGCGAUUCGCCAUGGAAAUUUUCUCCUCCAAUGAAAUAUUCCGAAUGAGAAUCGAGUCUAUAGAAAGGUUCAAUAAUAACAACCAUGAACCACCUCGGUUCCACGCAAGCUCCAAGCCUUCGGCUUUCCACAAACCACAGCAUAAGAAGAAGAAAGGGAUGCGCAUGACCUUUACCUAACAGCUCGUCGUGUUCACCAUGUUCGCCAAACGCCUCUUGCACAAGGCACUGCAUCCUUCAACGAGUAAUAUGGAACAUGGAAGUGUGACAUCAGUGGACCUGGAUCCCCACAUUGCUCUUCACUAUGGCAUCCCAUCUACUGCAUCAAUUCUCGCUUUUGACCCCAUCCAACGCCUCUUGGCCAUUGGAACACUGGAUGGUAGGAUAAAAAUUAUUGGUGGUGAUAACAUUGAAGGCCUUCUCAUGUCACCAAAGCAAUUGUCUUACAAACAUUUAGAGUUUCUACACAAUCAAGGUUUUCUGGUGGGUGUCUCUAACAUUAAUGACAUUCAGGUUUGGGAUCUGGAACACAGGUGUAUAGCUUUUUGUUUGCCCUGGGACUCCAACAUAACUGCCUUUUCCGUGAUUUAUGGCACCCAAUUCAUGUAUGUUGGAGAUGAGUAUGGGUUGAUGUCUGUAUUGAAGUACGAUGCUGACGAAGGAAAGCUUCUGCGGUUGCCCUAUCAUAUUCCUGCAAAUUCUAUAGCUGAAGCUGCUGGGAUUUCCUUUCCUAGUCAUCAAUCCAUUGUUGGAAUUCUUCCCCAACCUUGUACUUCUGGAAAUAGAGUUCUGAUCGCAUAUGAGAAUGGGUUGAUUAUUCUCUGGGAUGUUUCCGAGGGUCGGGUUGUUCUUGUUAGAGGCUAUAAGGAUCUCCAGUUGAAGGAAUCUUCAAAUGGAGUGAGUAAUGAACCUCCAGACAAUGCAUCCAACAAUGAAGAAGAGGAGAAAGAGAUAAGCUCUCUUUGUUGGGCGUCUUCCAAUGGAUCCAUUCUUGCUGUGGGAUAUGUAGAUGGAGAUAUAAUGUUAUGGAAUACAUCAAAUACUUCUUCUACCAAAGGCCCACAAUCGGGAACAUCAUCUAAUAAUGUUUUCAAGCUACAACUAUCCUCUGCGAAGAGAAGAAUCCCUGUGAUUGUCUUACACUGGUCUGCAAAUAGAUCACAAGAUCAUCAUGGAGGGCAACUUUUUGUCUAUGGUGGUGAUGAAAUAGGAUCUGAAGAAGUUCUGACGGUCCUGAAUCUUGACUGGUCUUCUGGGAUAGAGACUUCAAAAUGUGUCUUUCGUGUGGACCUUUCACUUAAUGGCUCUUUUGCAGACAUGAUUUUAAUACCAGAUGCUGGGGCAACAGAGAAUAACUACACAGCUGCCUUAUUUGUCUUGACAAACCCUGGACAAUUGCAUGUAUAUGAUGAUUCUUGCUUAUCUGCAUUGACAUCUCAGCGAGAGAAAAGGCCUUCUAUUCCCUCCAUGCAAUUUCCUUCAGUAAUACCUACUAUAGAUCCAUGCAUGACUGUGGCAAAAGUCAGUUUCUUAACUGGGAGCACAAACUCAUCAAAGGUUCUCUCAGAGAUGGUUUCAGCCAUGAAAACUGGAGUGAAAUCUACCCUAACGUCCUGUAACAAGUGGGCUUUGACGGGUGGUAUUCCCAGCCAGUUGUCCUUUUCUGAAGUCAAUGGGGUUGAGAAAAUAUAUAUAGCUGGUUACCAAGAUGGAUCUGUUCGAGUAUGGGAUGCUACAUAUCCAGUCCUAUCACUUAUACUUGUUUUAUAUGGCGAGGUUCAGGGUAUUAAAGUGGCUGGUGCAGGUGCUUCAGUAUCAGCAUUGGACUUCUGCUCUCUGAUUUCAACUUUAGCUGUUGGAAAUGAGCGUGGUCUGGUUCGUGUCUAUAAGCUCAACGCCAGUUCCAGUGAGACAGGCUUUCACUUUCUGACAGAAACUAAACAUGAAGUUCACACCAUGCAUCAAGAGAAGGGGCUUCAAUGUACUGCUGUCUUUUCCUUAAUCGACUCUCCCAUUCAAACCCUGAAAUUCGCAAAAUCUGGAGCUGAACUUGCUGUUGGAUUUGAGUGUGGUCGGGUCGCUGUAUUUGAUAUGUCUUCAAUUUCUCUUAAGUUUCUUACGAACUGUGUAUCUGGCUCUAGUUCAGCUGUUAUUUCUUUGACUAUGAAAGCAUUUUCGGAUAUUCAAAGCCUAAUAAUAAACAGCCCAAAGAAUUCAGGACCUGCAAAUCCAAAGGAUCCUACUGAAGAUAUGGUUUUAGUUCUAACCAGGAAUGCACACAUUUUGGUUAUCGAUGGUGCGAGUGGUAAUUUGAUCAGCUCUAGGCCAAUGCACGUGAAGGAGUCAACUGCCAUUUCCAUGUAUGUCAUAGAGGGCAUCAAUUCAGUCUCCGAAGCUUCCCACGAAAAGCAUCCACAGCAUCUGUCCCAUGAAAUUACUGUUCAGAAUGAUUCUGCACCCUCCAAUACUAGCAGUGGAAUUAAGCCAGAAGAAGUUGAACUUCAAACUUCUAGUGAAAUUACAUGUUCAGGGGAAAAGUUAUUGGAUUCAGUUGUUGUGCUUUGUUGUGAAGACACUGUUCGAUUAUACUCAUUAAAAUCUGUGAUUCAGGGGAAAAAGAAGUCCAUUCGUAAAGUGAAACUUGGUAAACCUUGUUGUUGGGCUACAACUUUCAAGAAAGAUGAGAAAGUGAAAGGAUUGAUCUUAUUCUACCAGACUGGAGCCAUCGAAAUAAGGUCUCUGCCAGAUUUAGAAGUGGUGGGAGAAAGUUCUUUAAUGUCAAUUCUGAGGUGGAGCUUCAAGACAAAUAUGAACAAGAUGAUGAGUUCUUAUGAUAAUGGCCAGAUUACACUGGCAAAUGGGUAUGAAUUGGCAUUCAUCUCUUUUUUCACCUUUGAAAAUGACUUCAGGAUUCCGGAGUCUUUGCCUUGUCUUCAUGAUAAGGUUGUUGCAGCUGCUGCUGAUGCUGCCAUUAACUUCUCCUCAAGCCAGAGUAGAAAGCAGCUUACUGGUCCUGGUCUUUUAGGUGGUAUCGUUAAGGGCUUUAAAGGGGAGAAAUUGGGGCAUGCAGAGAAUCUUACCAAAAGCAUGUCUAAAACUCAAAUUACUAUGAAUUUAGAGAACAUUUUUUCAAGGGUUCCCUUCUCAGACCCAUCUAUAGACAUUACAAAUGAUCAAGAAGUUGUGGAGCUUGACAUAGAUGACAUUGAAAUCGAUGAACCCAAACCUGUUGCAUCUACUUCAUCUCAUCAAGGCAAGAAUGAUAAAAAAGACGCGGAAACAGACAGACAAAAAUUGUUUGAAGGAGGAACUGUUGAUCUGAAGCCAAGAGUUAGAACCCGAGAAGAAAUCAUUGCUAAGUACAGGCACGGAGGGGAUGUUGCUGCGGUAGCAGCUCAAACAAGAGACAGGCUUGCGCAACGUCAGGAAAAACUUGAGAGGCUGAGCAGGCGUACUGAAGAGCUACAAGAUGGGGCUGAAAACUUUGCAGCAAUGGCAAAUGAGCUGGUCAAGACAAUGGAAGGACGGAAAUGGUGGAAAAUAUGAUAAGAGGCUGGCAUUGCACUGAAACAUUUUAAUCACUUGCUUCAUUUCCGAUAGGACCCAUUUUGGAUGGAAGAUUUAAGCUCUCGCAAAUCCUGACCAAGGAAUCUACCAAAUAGUUGAUCCAGAGAUCUGAAAAGGUGUCACAUGCAUUAAAUAGUGUGAUACCAUUCUACAAGGGUACAAUGCAGGAAGAAUGUAAAUUAUGUAACCAGCUCAGCUUACAUGCUUAAAUCUUAAAACUGCAGGUUCUGUUCAUUGUGUUUAAUUAUAUUAUUGAUGAAGCAGGGCUAUUUGAAAG